CCCCAGUCCGCCAGCGCGACCAAACCCCACUAACCCGGAAACAUGUAUACUACUGUGUGUACUUACGAAUCAACGCACCCAGCCAGCGAUAAUUUCGUCCACCUAAGAGAGAGAAUUCGUACAUACAAAUCCGUUUCAUCAAUCUUGGGCUUUUUCCGUAACAUUCCCGUCCUCCCGCCGCUUUCCGUCCCCGUCUACCGUACCGUACCAAACUUCUCCUGGUCCCUUUUUUUCUGUCACUAUUUUCUGACUCUUAUCUUUAUGGUUUUGGUCCAUAGAGGGGAGAAUAGUGGUACUACUGGCCAAGUAAACUCUCGCAUUCAAGUGUUUUUCUUUUCUCAAUUAGAAUCAAAGAAAACAGAGCGACUAUUCUCCUAGCAAAAGAUGUGUUGAAUUUAAAUAAGGUGGUAGUAGAUGGGUAACGGGGUAGAAGGGAGAUAGUGUUUAGAUAAGACUUCCAC